AAUCCUAUUUCGCACAAAUUCCUGUGGAUUCUUAACCUAGGGGGCCUGGGUGAUUGUGAGCCUGAACUAUUGGUCAGCGGUAAUUAUUUGAGUGUCCGCCGUGUUGUACUUACAGUCAUCACAGUGCUUGUAGUAUGACGGAUUUUGACCGGUCUAAUGCCCCUUUAGAUUUUAAGCUAUGUGUAAUCUGCCAAGAAAAAAGUACAGCCAAUCUUGUUGAAAAUCCAACUUCGCAUCAAAAGCUUUUAGAAGCCAUCGAAGAACGUUCAAAGUACGAGGACAUCAACUCGAAAACAUUGUGGCUUGUGCUUAAAGAUCUACCACUAGAAGAGCUUAAAGAAAAAGCAACAUGGCAUAGGUCGUGCUACCAAGAAACCACCCACUCAGGAAAGAUCAAGAGGGUAAAAGAGAGGUUUCAGAGAGAGGUUAGAGGGCCAAAUGAAGCUCGAAGAAAGACAAGUGAAUCGCUUCAGGUAAUUGCUAGGUGUAAUGGCUUAUAACUUUAACUUUUUAUUUUAUUGUGUUUUUCAUCUUGGAAUCGCUGUAAAGCUGGUUAUGACAUCCUUGACAUCUCAAAACAUUUCAUUUCAUUUCACUAACCAGGGUCUUCUUACAAGGUCGAAAACCGUCCCUUAUGACAGCAAUCUGUGCUUUUUUUGUGAAGAGAAAGCGAAGUACCAGAACCCUCUGCAUUUGGUGUCAACAUCAUCUGCUGGUAGCUCUCUUGAUAAUGCAGUAAAGCAAUCAAAGGAUCCUAAACUGCUCGUGAAGCUCUCGACGGCUCUAGACAGCACUGACGCUCAUGCCAUUGAUAUUAAAUAUCAUAAAAGCUGCUGGGCGAAGCAUGUGAGUGGGGUCCUGCGUAAAACUAUCAAAGAUGACGAGGAAAGGUCAAGAAGUGAGACAGCGGCUAAGCUGGAGUUUUUGAACCUUACCCAAGCUGCCCUCGAUAGCGGAGAAAUACUCAACAUGGCACAGUUGGAACAGGCUUUUGAUUCCAUUUCAAACGAGAACAAUAGUCCAAAGACUCUAAGUCGACGUUCAGUUAAAGAGCUUAUCCAGAAAGAGAUAAAGGGAGUUGAGUUCCAUAAGCCCUCUAGAGCUAAUGAGCCCGAGAGGGUCAGCGUAAAGCAGUGUAGAGAUACCGCUAUCCAUAUCGUAGAAUCCACAGCUCACAGUGAUGAAUCUAUGAAAACUCUCUUCGAUGCCGCUUCAAUAUUGAGAAAGGCUAUUAAUCGAAGCGAGAAAUGGGUCUUCUCUGGCUCUCUGGAUACAAUGACACAUGAUCACUGCCCCGAAGAGCUUACCUGCUUCUUUAGGUGGAUAAUCCAAGGUCCCAAUAAGACACUAUCUGAUAAAAAGUGCAAUGAGGUACACAAAAGAGCAAUGCAAUUAGCGCAGAAUACAAUAGCUUUGUGUCUAACGGACAGGCAGGUUGACAAUAAGAGGUCAAAAGCGGUCUACUGCACUAGAGAAAUGUCCCAACACCUCGCAGUUAGCCUAGCAAUACACCAAGCAGUACGAAGCAAAGAGCUGGUUAAUCUCCUCCAUGGAUUUGGCAUGGCUGUAGAGUACAAUCGCUUGUUGAGGGUGGAGUCACAAAUUGAGAAAACUGUCCUGAAGCGCAUAGAGCAAGGUGGCAUGUUUCUCCCUCCGGAUAUCGUGAAAGGACGGCACGUAUAUUUUGCUAUUGAUAAUAUCGAUUUCUCAGAGGAUACGCCGGACGGGAAGCGUACUCUACACGGCACAGCAAUGGCUAUUUAUCAGAAAGUGGAACCCCAAGAUGAAGAACCUGUAUUAAGGUACCAUAACUGUUCUACUAAGAAGCAUGAUGCACUCAUUUAAUCCCAAGUGCUCGAUGGGAGGGGAUUAAUUAGAUAAUAGACGUUUAAUUUUACUUUUACUUUGGCUUGACUGGUCUGUGUGAUUCAGGUUUUUCUUUGUUUCAAUAAGACUAGCUAGUAAGUUAAAAGCUAAUCUCAUUUCUAGGAUGUAGGAUAGAAAAGAUCCCCUUCUUGAACAGCAUUUUGCUUCAUAAGUAGCUGUUGUUGCGUUUUGUUUUUCAUUUUGAUAGGUUAGAGGAGCCAAAUGAUUCAUGCCGUUCUGUAACCGAACUGCCCGAAUCGCUGACAUCUUUAAUGCCAUGCGUGGAGCCGGCAUCAAGGCCCCCUUCUCCUGCGUACCCUACAUUUGAGCUGUCAUCAGAACAAGAGUUGCCCCAAAACAUCCGUGAUGAGAAUGCUACCUGGAUAGUGUCUCGUACUCUUACAGGCCAUGAUGCCCCAAGUGAUGAUGAUAAUGAUCAGCCUCCUGUACCCGUAUGGUCAGCGUACAACUCUUUGUUAAAUGAAGCACUACCUGUCACACGUGUCGGUGCUCCUCCAUUGUUGGCACAUCCUGCUCAUGAAUGGAGCACGCUCCUCACAGUUCUGAUGCGUGCUCAAAAUAUCUCUGUUAGAGUAGUCGGUCCCGGGAGGAAAACAGUCAUAUCGCUAGACCUUGGUUUGUAUCUGCCCGCUAAACGACUACAGAUGGCCCGAUGCGAGCUCAAGAACAUUCUCCUUCAACAAGGGGAGCUGCAUGUGGUUAUGGCUAUGCUGAGGACCAUUGGGUCAUAUAUUGACAGUAGCGGGAUAGACAUGUGCUGGAUCGAGUCGGAACUUUAUGGCCCCUCCACUGUUAAACAGAUAAUCGAUGGCAAGCAUGUUAAGCGUGGUAAAAGAGCACACAUGAUCACCUUACAGGCUUUAUUUUCCUUAUACCUGGAAGCAUUUCUAGAAGGCUCUCCUGAUGUACGUCGUACCCUCGAGGAACUCUCUACGAAAGUUGGAGAUGCGUGCAAAGAAGGCACUAAGGAGAACAUCCAGACGGCGCACCAUAGCUCUACCAAUGCGAUCCAGUCUUCUGAAGUAGUCAAGAAGAUGUCUGAUUUUGACGCUGCGAAUGCGACAAAUCCUCUCUUUACUGUAUUUCGCCAAUACAUGCGCAUGGUAAUGGAGAUGUUCGCAUUCAUCCAGGCAGUCCGCAGUGGUGAUUGGAAGCUCCAUCUAAUUGCACUCGAGUUGUUCACAAAGUACUUCUUUGUGCACGACAAGAUCUGUUAUCUAAGGAUGAUCCCCCUGUACCUAGCUGAAAUGGCAUCCCUCGAAUCAUCAGACCCCGAGAUCUAUGGAGAGUUCAUCACAGGAAACUGGGUAGUGAACAAGAACAAGGAGGUUCCCUUCUGUGCUGUUGGUGGUGAUACUGCGUUGGAACACCUCAAUCGAUCUAUGAAAGUUUCUGGUGGGCUUGUAGGGAUCACUUUGAAUGAGAGCGCACGAGCCAAGUUUUUCCUCAUUGCCCCAGAACUAGCCCGACUCACAGCGGAAGCCAAGGCAAUGGCUGGUCUCGUUCCGGAACGUGCACACCAUCAAGAACUAAACUCAGCUGUUUUGACGCACGAAGAUAACAGCAUAAAUAAGUUGACCGAGACAAUCAAGACCUUCACCAAUCCCUUUUCAUCAGACCAGAACACCAACACCGAUCUGUACAACUUGGUCACAAAAGUUGUGAUGAAUGAGAAAACGAAGAAAGAUCUUGUUAAUCAGAGUGAAGAAGGGAGAAAGCUAUUCAGUGCUUUUGUACAAGAUAGGAUCAAGACAGGAAAGAUCAACCUUUGGGCUCCUGUAAAGAAGCGCAAUCUUCUUACCUGGAAAACGAGUGCUAAGGUCAUCAAAGUCAAAGCUAAAGACACGAUCAUCGAGUUAAAGGAGGACAGAAAUCUGUUUGCUCGUUUGGCGAUGGUGUGCAAGAGCCGCCAAGAAAUUGACAUCCAAGAGGCUGUUGGCUUAUAUGAGUUCACUGUUGUCCCAAGAUCUUUGUUUGCACGAGAUGGUACCAUGUUGCAUUGUUCUUGCAAGAGUGCCCUUAUGCAUAUCCUAGAGAAGGCAGGUGGCCCUAGUACUAAUACACAAGAAAUCACCGCAGGAUUCAAAGUCGCGAUUGUUGAUGAAAUGGCCGAAGUCCAAUCACUUGACAAGCCAGAGUGGAUCAAGAACUGUAGAGACUUGGCUGAACAUUUCACGAAUCGCUUGCUUGUAAAGUAUAAUGAUUUACAAGAGCUCCACAUAAUCUUCGACAGAUAUGAUGUACCAUCCUCACUGAAAUCAGCAACACGAGUCAAACGACAAGGUGGCCAUGUUCCCAUUUAUUAUCGCAUCACUGAUUCUACCCACAUCGCCAAGCUGUCGAUGAAGAAGCUUCUUGCUCAUUCAAAGACCAAGGGCGAACUUACUACGUUUCUCGCAAAGAAUGUGAAGGAUAAUGCUAAUGGGAGACAAGUCGUUGUGGCAUGGGGAACGGAAUGUGAGGCAACGCACAGAGACGUUAGGCAUUUACGAAGUACACAAGAAGAAGCCGACACGAAGAUUAUUUUACAUGCUCUGGAUGCCUCUGCUCAAGGUGCUACCCAACUCUCUAUAUAUUCUCCUGACACUGAUGUUCUUGUUUUGGCUCUUCGACGGUAUCUAGAUUUGUGCUCGAACUCUUGCUUUGUUACUGGGACCGGCAGUAGUCGUAGAGUUAUCAACUUGAAGUCAAUCGCAGACGCCCUUGGGCCCACUAAGACGGCUGCGCUGCCAGCAUUUCAUGCGUUGACCGGAGCAGAUGUUACUGGGAGUUUCUCUGGAAAGGGAAAAGCCACUUGUUGGGAUGAGUUUGAUAACGCCAGCACUCCUAUCUUGCAAGCUCUUGCUAACCUCGGUUGUGGGGAACAGCCAGAUGACGGCACAAGAAGUGGAGUGGAACAGCUGGUUUGUCGGAUGCACAAACCAAAGACAGACAUCAAAACUGUCAAAGCCCUCAGAUGGUCCAUCUUUAAGAAAAAUCAAGCUGAGUCUGAGAGGUUGCCGCCCACACAAGCUGCUCUCCAUCAAGCCAUACUGAGAGCGCACUACCAGCUUCUUGUUUGGAACAAUGAUCAUGUAGCAAACCCGGUGUUGCCCUCACCAGAAGGCUAUGGAUGGCAAGAUGAAGAUGGAAAGUGGGUACCAGUCAUGACAAAUCUUCCACCAGCUCCAGAGGCAAUUAUACAGCUUGUCCGAUGCAAGUGCGCCAAGUCCCGUUGCUCUAACAACCGUUGUCAGUGUCAAAAAGCCAGACUUGUCUGUACUGAUCUCUGUCUGUGCUCUGAAGAUUGCCAGAACGAGUAUGCUGAGAGUGAUGAUGAGUAUGAUGAAGACGAAGUCGAACAGGAAAUUCCAUAG